CUGUGCUGACUCGUGCUAUCUGAUAGAACAAUCGAGAUUUACAAUGAAAUCUCUAAACAAUCCCAUAAACCACCUGAAACAAGUGGUGAGAAAAAAACAACUCUGCGGUUGAUGGAACAGCGUCUUGACAGAUGACACUCGACAACAAACCCUCCUGUUCGUCCUCCACGCUCCAGCUGGACGUGCACCCAGUAAUUACUUCUUAAAUCAUUUUCAUAGAUAUUGUGUGCCAGGGGCUCUGCUAGCAGCUAUGUGAAUUCGAAAGGAGAAAAGGAAGUGAAGCGGGCUUGCAGCAGGCCGGGGAGCUCCUGGACAGCCAGCGAGGAAAAUGAAGCUCCCGAUCUUUAUAGCAGAUGCGUUCACAGCGACAGCUUUCCGGGGCAAUCCUGCUGCAGUCUGCCUGCUGGAGAGCACACUCCAGGAAGAUGCCCAUCAGCAAAUUGCGAGGGAAAUGAACCUCUCGGAAACGGCUUUCAUCAGGAAACUGCAGCCGACUGACAGCUUCACACAGAGUUCUCGCUUUGGACUAAGGUGGUUUACGCCAGCGAGUGAAGUCCCCCUGUGUGGCCAUGCCACGCUGGCCUCUGCAGCUGUGCUGUUUCACAAAAUAAAGAACACGAACAGCACCCUGACCUUUGUCACUCUGAGCGGGGAACUAAAGGCCAGAAGAGCAGAAGAUGGGAUUGUCCUGGACUUUCCUCUCUACCCAACCUUCGCCCAGGAUGUCCAUGAAAUUGAAGAGUUGAUAAAGGCAGCCAUAGGUGACACUAUAGUCCAGGACAUCCGGUACUCUCCAGAUACCCGAAAACUCCUGGUCCGGCUCAGCGAUUCUUAUGACAGGUCCUUUCUAGAGAGCCUGAAGGUGAACACAGAGCCUCUGCCUGGAAUAGAGAAGACAGGGAAGGUGAGAGGCCUCAUCCUCACCCUCAAAGGAGAGUCUGGGGGGCAGACGGCCCCGUAUGACUUCUACUCUAGAUACUUUGCGCCGUGGGUUGGUGUGGCUGAAGACCCUGUCACAGGAUCUGCACACACUGUUCUCAGCAGUUACUGGUCCCAGCAGCUCGGGAAGAAAGAGAUGCGAGCCUUUCAGUGUUCCCGCCGAGGAGGGGAGCUGGACAUUUCUCUGCGACCUGAUGGGCGAGUUGACCUGAAGGGCGGCGCUGCUAUUGUCUUGGAGGGCACGCUGACCGCUUAGAGAUGCUUAUGCUGGGCUUGCGGCCGCUGCUCUACACGGUGUCUUCUCUGUAGCAAGAACCCAACCCAACCCAACCAAACAGCAAAUGCACAGAGCUUGGAUCAGUCCUCUUGUGAAGAACAGACAAGGGAAGACAUCUGAUGGAGGUGCGGCAGUGUCUCCAGAAUCCUUUCCUGAUGGCGGUCUCUGGCCCCUGCCUGUGUGUGCAUCUUCAGUGCCCACAGCAGACACGGAGGCUGCCCCUUCUUUUGAUUAUGACUGCCAAUCAAAGUGAGAGAUGCAUUUGUAAGGAGCCAGAUGAUGCGUUUCAAGUCAGGUGUGGGUACCUUAGGGUAUUUCACAGCCUUUUCGAAGAAUAAAUAGCUGUGUAGAAAUGUUGUGUUGCCAAAAACAUUUCCUCCCUGGCCCCGAGGUUCCAAAGACAAACCAAGCUACACGGCUACCAAAGUUCCCCCAGGGCACCAAUGAGUUAUCAGGCUUACUUACAGAGAAUAAGUGAAGGCUUCCUUACAGCGGUGUGGGUGCACUCUUCUAAAAUGUGGCACCAGAAGGGCUUUUAUGCAGCAGUGAUGCUGACUUUCCUUUAGGGGCACAGAUGGAGCCCCGCUCCCCUCAUCUUUGCUGGCCUAUGUCCUCCAGCCUCUUGUGAGGCCAUGUGCAAUUAGGGCAGAGUUGCAUACCACUGGUGGUAGGGAAUGGCUGGAUUCUCAGGUGAGGCCCUGUGGUCUCCCAUCUCUCUGUGAGGAGGUGUAAACAGUCACCAGGCCCAGCUCAGAUGAUCUUUGACAAGUGGGCACGGCUGAACUCCUGAAGAUGGCAGUUGUUUGGCUCAGGGUAUGGUCCUGAGCAACAUGCAGGAAACCAUCUCCAGAUGUAGUAAUAUUAAGAAAGACGGGUAGAUUGAAAAUUGUCAGAGACUAUGACAUGGGCUACAUGAGUUUGUAUGGGCUGUGAGGACAGCAGAAUGAAACAGUUCGUCUUGGGGGGACAAUGUAAUUUCAGUGUUGGGGGCUUGCUGACUGGCUGAAAUGCUUGCUGUCAAGGUCGACAGUCUGAGUUCGAAUCCCGGGACCCACACCAUAGAAGCAGAGAACCAGUUCCUACAUGUUGUCCUCUGACCUAUGUACACAUAGGUGCUAUAGCAUGCCCACACCCACACCUAUACAUCCAUACCCAAAAUGAACAAAUUAAUGUAAUAAAAGUAAUUUUCUUCA